AACAGAGUGAUAGACCUGAGGCUUAGAUAUUCGCCCGAGAACGAGUUCUUUGAAGAUAAUUAAUCUAGUUGAAGGGUCGACAAACACUUUGUCUACUAGACAACUGAGCUAAUAUUCCGUCAAAUGGAAAGAUACAUACAAGCAACAUCAAACGGUAUAAAAUCUUUCGCUUUAUCUUUACUUUAACCAUUUUCCUACAUAAGAACAAAACAUUCCAAUAUCAUAAACCGUGUCGUGAAGAUGUUUCACUUCGCAAGUGUUUUGUUUAUCCUGCUGCUAAGCGUAUUCGCCCAAUUAGGCCAUGCAGUUGGUGCGGAUGAUCCUAACGAAGCAAAAGAGGUCUGUGGGCUGAAGCAGAGACCGGUACAGGACUCCAUCAAAGGGUGGCUGAAAGCGUUCGAAAAUUGUCCGCUCCACAAAGUGUGCGAAAAGAAAGAGCAUACCACGCAGUUCGAACAGGUACGGUUGCGAUGCUUAUUAGCACAUAAAUCCAAACCGAAACCAGCCGGUACGACUGGUGAAGUGCCUGGUGUGAAGGAUCUGUUGCCGAAGAUUGACACGGCCAUGAACAAUAUGAAGGCUAUGUUCGAACCGACCAAGGCCGAUCUGGUAGAGCUGGACAAGGUGCUCGAUCAGCAGAUACGUGAGGCUUGGAAUGAAGUGGCCGCUUUGCAGACGGAAGUAUUCCUCAGUACACUCGCAUCGGGCCGCAUCGAGCGGGCCGUUUUCUACAGCAUGCUGGAACUAGGCACCAAUCGAAAGCUGGACGAUCGCUACCAGCAGUCAAACGUGCAAGAAUUACUAAACUACGCUUGGGCAUUACCAUUGAACACUUUGCAACGGAAUGUGUACGCGUUGAUCGAAAAACUGGUGCAGACGUCUAAGGACCCACUGCUCCAAACGCUCUACACUGUCGAUGUGGCCAAUAUGGUUAACCCCGUGCUGGAAAACCAAGAGAAGCUGAUCGAUGACCAUGUACAGCAACUAAGGGACAACAUAGCCACAAAUUCCUUCGAUACGCUUGUUUCCAUCGCAAGACGUUUCCCCCAGCGGGUUGCCUACCUGAUUGAACGGUUGUUUAAGUUGCCCGUUGGCACGAAACCCAAAGCGGACACACUACCCAACGUGGUUAAGUUUAUCGGACAGCUUCCUAUGGCCGAGCAACGGUUGAAAGCGGUUGAUGGGCUGCUGCAGUCACUUACGGUCGAGAAUGGUACGCUCGUGUCGGACGUGGAGUAUGUGUAUCCUCUCGCGAAACUAGCCUACGAUAUGCAAAACCUGGUAGUUAGCCCCAAAAAAUACCAGGGCGCUGAUGAGGUGAAGGAAAAAUUCAACACCGCUGUUAGUGGCAAGUCCAUGCAGUACUACAUGCAGCUACUUCCCAAUCCCACGUCCUCGGCGGUAGCUGCCUAGAAGUAGGUGUUCGUAGGUUCGUUCAAUAAAGCUACUUCCAAUUAUGGGGUUCCGUUUCGUCGCAUGCAC